AUGAUGUUAGCAAUGGAAGAAGUACUGUGUGAACUUAGUGAUCAUGAAAAGAAAAACGACCAAGGUCUUCCUCCUGGUUUCCGGUUUCACCCUACUGAUGAAGAACUCAUUACCUUUUAUUUAGCUUCCAAAGUUUUCAAAAACACUUUUUUCAAUAAUGUCAAGUUUGCUGAAGUUGAUCUCAACAGAUGUGAGCCAUGGGAACUUCCAGAUAUGGCAAAGAUGGGAGAAAGAGAGUGGUAUCUGUUCAGUUUGCGAGACAGAAAAUACCCAACUGGUCUUAGAACAAAUAGAGCAACUGGUGCUGGUUACUGGAAAGCGACUGGGAAAGACAAAGAAGUUUACAGUAACAACAGCACUAGGGCAUUACUUGGCAUGAAGAAGACUCUUGUUUUCUACAAAGGAAGGGCCCCUCGAGGUGAAAAGACCAAAUGGGUCAUGCAUGAGUAUCGCUUGAACACUCAUUUUUCACCUUCAACUUGCAAGGAAGAGUGGGUGAUAUGCAGGAUAUUUCAUAAAUCAGUGGAAAAAAGAAGUUCUGUAUUACUUCAAGUUCAAGGACAUUUAGGUGUUCAUAAUAAUUCUAAUUCAACCCCCCCAAAAAGCUGUUUACCCCCUCCUCCUACUCUUCAUCCACCAUCAUUUACACACACUCAUAAUUUUCCAUUACAUGCAUUUCAACCAUCAUUCCACCAAAUCACAAACACCAGAAAUAAUAAUAAUAAUAAUAAUAGUCCAUCUUUGGAAUUACUCUUCAAGUCACAAGCCAUUCCAAAAACUGAGGCUAUGUUCUAUGAACAAUACCAACCACAAUCAAUAGAGGAAGCUAUUAAUCUGAGAUGGAAUAUUGACAACAAUAAUAGUAAUGAUUUUGAAAACCUUUCAUUGCCUGUUGAGAUGGAUGCUGAACUGAUUGCAUUCUCAGGAGCUGCUGCUACAGAUGAUGAAUUUACUUCAACACCCUUUAUUAACAGUAGAGGAAUAGUAGCCUUAGAUGCUCCUAUAGGAAUUGACUCUUGGCCACAGGCUCAGCUUGUUUAA